CAAAAGAUCAAACCUUUAAAAAGGAAGAGGAGAGUUUCCCCCUUUUCAUUGUCAACGAAAUUGAUGAGGUUGUGAUAAGAUUGAGAGUUUGGAGUGGGGAGUGAUGGAUGAGGAGAGAAGGGUACUGUGUCCCGAGAACCAAGGAUUAGCGGAUCAUGUGUUGCAGAAGAAGCGAGAGUACGCAGAUAAGCCCAAGGGUUUGUCUGAAAAUCUGGAGAGGACAUUUCUUAAGGCGUAUAGAAGUGUCUGCGACUCUAAGGAUCCCAUUUCAACAAUCAAAGACUUAUCGCACAUAAAGGGCUUUGGCAAGUGGAUGCUUAAGAUGACGAAAGGAUACUUUGAUAAUGGGGCUGAAACUUCUGAACAAGAAGAUUUGCCUGAAAAUUGUGCUGGGAACAAGGCUAAGGGAAGAAAACGGUACACUCCGCAAAGAAACUCUGUGGCUUAUGCAUUACUAAUAACGUUGCACAGAGAGACUGCGAAUGGGAAAGAGUUCAUGCGCAAAGCUGAGCUUAUUGAUGCUACUGAAGCUAGUGGGCUCUCACACGCUCCUGUUGCGCCAGAGAAAGGGAAAGGAAAAGCAGGACUUGGAAACUCUAAGAGGGAGUGGUAUAGUGGAUGGAACUGCAUGACAACACUUAUAAACAAGGGUUUAGUGGUGAAAUCUAGCAACCCUGCAAAGUACAUGCUGACAGAUGAAGGUCGGGAAGUGGCAAAUGAAUGUAUCACAAGAUCUGGAUUACCUACACUUGACCUCUUAUCCGAUGAUGAAAUGGAUCCAACGGAAACAGCUAAUCAAAAUUUCACAUCUUCUUGUACCGUUAGAGAAGAACAAACAGCCAUUCCUAGUGAUAUUCUUGAAAAGUUUACACCGUUUGGUUAUUCCAAGGAUCAAGUCGUUGCUGCAUUCAGAGAGGUUUCAGAUGGAUCUCAGGACAAAGAUCCAUCAACUCUCUGGUUAUCUGUAAUGUGCCAUCUUCGUCAAGCAGAAGUUUAUAAUCCCUGUCCAGACUCUCGAAAUAGAAGAAAAGAUGCAGCAGGACCUUCCAGAGCGCAAACUUGUCAAGUUGAUCUGGAGGAAACUCAUGCCAAGAAGUCCCGCUCAUACACCUCAAAACCAUCUUCAUCCGGUCCAAGUCAUGCUCCAUUUCAAGCCUGCUCAUCCUCUUUACCUUCUAAUGGAACCAAUGGAGUUACAAAUAUUCCAUGUCUUCCUCCUCUUACAUUUGGAGAAGCUUUUGAGGAAUCAUAUCAAGUGAUCUUGAUACUGGAUGACCGAGAGCAGUUUGCCACUAAGGGGUCACGGUCCAGGAAAAUCGUUGAUUACAUAUGCUCUGAAUUCAAGAUCAAGAUUGAGGUUAGAAGAUUACCAGUAGGGGAUUGUAUUUGGAUCGCUAGGCACAAGUUGCUUGGGACUGAAUAUGUUCUGGACUUCAUCGUUGAGAGGAAGAACAUUGACGACUUACGCUCAUCAAUUAGAGACAAUCGCUAUAGGGACCAAAAACUUAGACUUCAGAGAUCUGGAAUCAAGAAGCUGAUAUACAUCAUUGAAGGAGAUCCAAACCAGUCGGAUGCAGCAGAAAGCAUCAAAACAGCUUGUUUCACAACGGAGAUUCUGGAGGGAUUUGAUGUGGUGAGGACAAGCGGGCUUGGUGAGACAUUAAGAAAAUACGGUUAUCUCACUAAAUCAAUACACGAGUACUACAAGUCGCUUGUGAAUGAUGAUGAUGACCAGAACAACGUGGCGUCGUAUCCUUGUUUUGAUAGUUUUGUGAAAAGGUGUCAAGACCUUGAUAAAAUGACAAUCAGCGAUGUAUUUGCCAUUCAGCUUAUGCAGGUCCCGCAGGUAACUGAGGAGAUCGCCAUAGCUGUUCUUGACAUGUACCCAACGCUUGUAUCUCUUGCUUCUGCCUAUUCUCAGCUAGAAGGGAAUGUGUUAGCGCAAGAAGAGAUGUUGAGAAAACGGAGUAACAAUGUGAUAUCUGCAUCAGCUAGUAAGAAUAUAUUCAAGCUAGUUUGGGCUGAGUGACGUCCACACCUUGUGUGUUUGAGGGUGAAUGACGUAUUGUGCAACAGCUAGUAAUAAUGUAAGCAAGUUGCUCUUUUUAGAAUGUAAACCGUUACUUUGUUACUUGUUGGUAACGAUUGAAAACAGUACGUGGGUUAGUUAUGCUCGAAAAGUUGAUUUGUAAAAUUAUUGGAAGAUUAGAAACCCCCAACAAGAA